AAGUCUCUCUGUGGACAGUAAGGCUGCAGGGUGGGGCUGUUUGGCGAGUAUGACUUCCUGCCCCGGGGGGAUCUGCUGGCAGGGCAACACACACACACCUCUCUCUCUCUCUCUCUCUCUCCCUGAGUGUGUGUGUGUGUUGGUGUUAGUGCAGCAGUGAUCACUCCGUCCUGCAGGUCGGCUAUGAUCCUUCAUCUUUGAGAGGUUUUUACUCUUCAGUCUGCAGAUGAUGAAGUCUCGUGAGGGUGAGCUGGUGAGAGAAAUCUCAAAGCUGCAGGCGAUGGUGCUGGAGCUCAGAGCCGGGUUUUCUCGAGCUUUACUGGAACUGAAUCAGAUCCAGCUCGGAGACACGGAGCUGCAGACUCAGCUGGAGGAGACGCGCCACGGCUGCAACAAGCGCGCACUGCACCUCGAAACACUGGUGCUGUCACUCAGGGAGGAACUGGAGGAGGUGCGCUGUCAGAUUCGACGGUUCUGCGGUGAUCAGAUUAAACCAGAACAAACGAGCAGCAGCGCAGAGACAGAGAACGACAGUGCUGCAGGCUCUAGCGGUGGGGUGAAGGACGCUGGCAGUAGCGUUAAUGGCAGUAGUGACACAAAUGCGGGUGUUGUGGCCCCGCCCCUUCGCCCAGUGUGUGGAGCCCUCCUACUGCACUGCUAUCUGCAGGGCUUGUGGGCGGGGCAUAGCUCAGGUAGAGACGCUCAGGUGACGGCAGAGCGACUGCAGAGCUGCUCACUGCAAGGCAGGAGGCAGCGUGUCGCCGUGUCGCUGCUGCGGUCAGAGUGGGACUACGUGUCCAGUCUUGGUCAGUUAUACGACAAAUACAAAACUCCAUCUGCAGCAGCUGGCAGCUCAGAGCUACAGAAGGCAUUUUCGAGGCAUGUGGAUCAGAUGCUGCAGCGUCACCUGCUGUUCAGGAACCUUCUGGAGGAGCGUCUGGCGCUGGACCAGAGGAGCUGGGCUGUGGGAGACGCGUUUCUCAAACUGACCGGGCCGGAGAACUCAGCAUUCUGUGACGCAUAUCUUGGCUACAUGGCCGUCCUGGCAACCAUCCUGACCACAGAGUUCAGCAGAGAACAGCCGGACAAGCUGCAACACACACAGGAGGAGGAGAGAGAGAGCGUCAGACUGCUGUCACUGCUGUUAGCACCUGUGUCACGCUUACACACCUACCUGAACACCAUACAGUUCCUGCUGAGCUGCUCGGGCAGUGGACACGCUGACUGGCGCUCGCUGCAGGAGAGUGAACAGGUGCUGCGGGACCUCUGCACACGCUGUCACGUGACCCUGGAGAGGGCGGGGCAAUGGGCAGACGGGGUGGGGCCAGCAAACAGCCUCGGUGGCAGAUUCUGUGCCAGGAGCCCCGGCUGUGCCCGCUCCGCCUUCACCAAAUACCGCGCCAAGCCCAGAGCGGGCACUGCCGACUACGCCAGCUCCAGAUCAGACGCUGCCGACCGCUAUGCGCCCAUCGGUGUGCCCAGCAACGGACAUCAGAGAGAGCGCUGCCAGCUCGCUGUGCCACAGCCUCUCCUGCCCCCCACUGGCAUUUUACGUAACACUCGUGAAAGAGUGUGUGAGCAGCUGCCUGUUGCCGGUUGGUUGCAGAGCUGCAGCUGGGACUGCCGGGCCGGGGAGUGCCACGCCGUGCCCCUCUGUGUGCCCGCUGCGCGGCGACCCCAGCAGCUGCUUCUGAACCCAGGAGCUCAGGCAGUGGUGGGAAACCUCCAGAACCUGAAGUCCCCAGCUGGGCUCGUGGAGCGGCUCUGCGGAUCUCCGGGGCCGGACGGCCGCGUGUGCCGCUCGGACCUUUACUCUCUGCCGCAGCGGAUCGACGACGGAGACACAGAUGCCGACCUGGGGGACGCCUCCGUCUUUGACUACUCGUCUGUGACAACCUGCAGCCCCGACGACACGCUGGGGAUGAGGGGGGGAGGUGAGAGCCGCGAUGAUGAGGAUGAUGAAGAGGACAGCGAGAUUCCCGUCCUCCUAAAACCGUCUUACACGCACGGACACUCUGCCGGGUCGACGGCAAACCCUCAGAGGGAGGGCAGCGUGUGCACGCGGUGGCAGAUCCCCCGAGGGGCUCCUCUUCCUCCGGAAGUGGGCGCAGAGGGAUCGGGAGCAGGAAGCCACACGAAAACUCUGCGCAGGAUUCCCGCUGGUGCCUUCCGCCCGAUCUGGGAUGCCCCCUACAGACAGGCAGACGCGGCUCCUGCUAAGGAGAACACGGUGUCCUUCAGCACAACCAACCAGAUAAUCAACCCACAACCACAAGCAGAGCCGUCCAGGUCUGUGUACAGAGCUGUGUGCAGCAGUCCUGUUGGGGCUCCGGAUGGACUCUGGAAUGAGAGCGAGGACAGCGAGGGGCCCUGCAGCAACGUCUGAGACACGUUUCAGCCAAACUGCUGGGCAGCACGAGAGCCACUCGAACCCUGGGAAAAAUCUCUGCCUGCAGCAUCUUCAUCAGCUUCCUCCACCUGCCUUAUUCACCCAGCACCACCUCACAGCUUCAGGAACACCGUGGAGAAGUCCCGCGCUGUGAGGGACGCUGGCCUGGACUCCAAACAUCUGCCCAAUACAACAACAGCACAGUUCGGACCUCUUUACAUAUCAGGGGGGCGUUUUUAUACAUCGUUCGAAACGAGACGGCACAAUACGGCCAUUCCCUCUGAUCCUGAAACCUUCACGCCUUUUAUCUCUGCAUGUUCUAGUUUGUUGCUGAAGGUUCUGGAGCUCAUGCCGCCCUUGACUCACGGUUCUCGUCCGUCAUACGGUUCUCUGCUUGGGCAGGCGUGUUUUAGUGAAUCAGGGUUACUAGUUAUCAGCUGGUAACUCACUGUUCAUUACCACGUUAUAAUAGAGCGUUUAUAAAUGUGACUAAUUGGGUCACAAUCAUUAAUAAGCAGUUACAACGCCUAAACAAGAAGCUAACAGUUGACUUCCUAAUAGUGAAGCCCCAAUCAUCUACACUGUUAAACCUUUUAUUACUGUGUUAUAACUGUGGCAUUUAUGACCUACGCUUAUAAAAGGAUUAUAAAUGGCUAAAAAUUAGUUUAUUAAUGGUUAAUUAGGUCAUAAGCACUGGAAAAUCCUUAAUUAGCAACUAAUCAGAUACUGUUGCCCUUCUUAUUAAUGUGUUAUAGCUGCUUAUGGAUGACUUUAAGGCAUUGAUGAUUAGUAAUAAUCAUUAAUAGGCAAAUUUAAUAAUAAUUUUGUAUGAUAGUCUUCCUGUAAAGCGCUACAUGCUGUUCUUGUGUUAACAUCGGUUGUUAUCAUGGAACCUGCUUUCCUUCAGCUGUAAACUAUGGUGUGAUAUUUCAGGCUGGAUUCAUUUCAGGUUUGGACCCGAUUUCUUUUUUGUUCUUUGUAUGGAUUCAUUCUUUUUCCUCGACGUUGUACCAGUGUGGAGACGGAAAGCCCUGCUGGCUGAAUCGCCAUUCGUUUUGCCUCAGAAACAUUUCAGAAAUUAAAAAUCACCUUUUUUUGUUUUGUAACCAUAAAAGCACAAAAAUUACAAACAAGGAGAAUAUUUUACUGAGCCAUAAACUGAAGAACUCAAACA